CUUGAUCCUUAUGGAUGAUUCAUUAAAACUCCGAACUCCAAUUAUAUGUGAACAAUCGCACCUUUCAAACCAGGAAUAAGCUUCCGACCAACACAGGAGGGCGGCGAUCUCAUGUAAUCGUAUCUAGCCGGUCACUUGGAUGGUUGUGGUAGUACUGGGAUCCUGACGAGCGUUUGUGGCAUAGAGACGCCGUUUUCAUCCUUCCUUAGGCCUUCACUUUCGUCCGCCGCCUUCUCAGGUGCGAACGGGUUGUCGUCGGCUUCGGGGUCCUUCGGUUUGGGUAUUUUAGCUGCAACAGUAAGCACUUGAUCCCUCAUUGUUAUCACAUAUCUAGUAACUCUAGUAACUCACAAGAAGCCAUAGCUAUGGCUCGUAGCACGUUGUGCCAAUUAGAUAACACUGCAGCAACGGCUGUACAACCAACCCUAUUAGCAUUUAUCGGUCCGAGGUUGGCGGAGGAUAGCGACCUUCCGUUCCAUCAGCCAAUGUUCCCAGCUUUUCUUCCAAUUGUUGCAUCUGUGAUGCCAACCCCGCUGAUAAAUCCCGUAGGGCUUGUAGAUUCUCAAGUUCUUGCUUCUUCUCGUUUAUCCGAGCAACCAACGCAGGAGAUUGUUGGGAUCCUCCCAUACUAGAUGGCCCUGGGGCGGAUGGCUGCCGAAAAUGCUGUGAAUAACGGUUCGGAUAUGGGUUGGCCAUCUUUGGAACGUUGAAAGAUGAUCGGAGCCAAGGGACGUUGAGAAAAGUGAUGUUGGAGGGGCAAGUCCAGCCUCUCAAGACGCAAAAAUGAUCAGGAGUUGUGAGGGGGUCACACCGACACAGACCAUCUGGUUGCCAUGGACAGGACGCGGUCGCGCAGAAAACAUACACCUAACCUAUUUAGGCGAAACAUCAACAAGCAACCCCCAUUUCCCCACCCGUGGCCUUCUUGCUAUACACUGUUCGUUCCCUCUGCACUCCCCCAUACCUUCUUCAGUCCUCCACCACCUCGUUAGUCUUCUUUUUUUUAUAUAUAACUACACUCAAAUUCUCCACUCAAGGGCUGGUUUAUGCUACUUCUUUAAUGCAUGGCAAGGCUUAAUGACCCCCAGACGGAGUCGCUAGAAGCACGUAAGUUUGUUUACAGUAUACCCGGCAUAUUGAGCAUGGUUCAAAUCGUGCUCCCCAUUUGUUUACCCAUCCUUUUUGGAAUUGCAUGAUUGCUGACCAGAGUCCCGAAUACAAAAUAGUCAAAAAGCGAUUCCUCCGCCAGAAUCGUGAAAUAGCUAGGUUAGUUGGUCUACUGCAUCGUUCAUUUACCCAGUGGUCGUUUGGGUGAACGGUUGUUGGUACUGAUUGCCGCAGAGUCAACUCCACCCAAUCAGUCCGAAUCCGAAAUCUGGAGGACGAGACAACUCGUCUACUCACUGAAAACAUUGAGCUUAGGGAGCAGGUGAUCAAACUACAGGCUUCAUUAGAUAGGCGUGAAAAGGCUAGAGUGGUGGUGGAGAGCGUCGAGGCUACUAAGAAGAAGUUAGAAGAGAAGGUUGCGGAGUUGGAUGAAAUUGUGAGGGGAUUAGGACAGGUUAUAACGACAUCGCCGCAAGGUAGUUAGCUAUCCGGCCUCAUUUGAGAGUCGCAAAUCACCUGUGAUUCGGGAUUCGGGCGAGGUUGCUAACUUUUUUAUGACAGGCAAAUUGGCAGUCAGGCAGCCAAGGGCCCAUGUGGCUUCACAUCACCAGAGGAUAUGGAAGAGCCAGCUCACGCUGGGGGAGAUGCACGACGGGCAGUUACCCGCAAUUCACGAGGAUGCUCGUUCCCGCCGAAAUAGUCUUAACGUGGAAGAGCAUAGGAGGAGCAGCUUGAAGUAUUUCUUCUCCCUCUGUUUUCGUUAUACUUGCCAUCUUAUAACUAAAUAAGAGGUCACGAACGUUUUAAUUGACCCCUCAUUUCUUAGCUUCGAGGAAAUCAGCUUGCCUCCGCCACGACCAGAAGAUAACAGACAUGACGACUCUGAUGAAGAUCUCAGGCCCCCCGUCUCUAGCCUACUCGAUACCCGACCAAGACGAAGGAGAGAUAGCGCUAUGGCGUUAGAUUUGGGGAUACCCAACAAACCUGCAGUUCCAUCAAAAACCCAACCACCUCCGCCUUCAAAUGAAAACACCAUAAGUAAGGCUUCCAAGCGCAAGUUUGAACGAGAAGCGGAGGCGGUUAUGGAAUUGGUGGCAGACAUGGAAUUCAAAUUCUCUAGGAUAUCCGAACGGCCGACUGAAGUAGUGAGGCCAACGGGGGAAGCCGAGAACGUGAGGGCCACCAAGACACCCGAAAACGCAGAGGAAGAUCGAGUGCCAGAGGAACAGUGCAAGGCCAGGGGAGAGGAGGUUCCGUCUAAGAUAGUCCGGCUCGUGUUGAAUUCUGACGCUAGGAAGAGGAAGGAAGCUUCUGUUUCCAUUGACGAAAAAUAUGCGCCGCCUAUUGCGCCCGCCAUUUCUGCCGGCAGUAGAAGAGCAUUAGGGCCCAGUAAGUUCCGACAUCUGUUUAAUACCUCCCCAGAUCGUUUGAGAAGUCGCUGUGUGCUAACGCUCGAGAUACAGAAAGCACCAACUCUGAUCCCGCCAAUUCACCGUUGAAGCAAGCAAGAAUAACCUCUGCCUUAGGAAAGGAUGAAAAGAGCUAUGAUAAACUCGAAAAAGUCGACCUCAACCCUCCACCUCCGAUGAAAGCCUACCGCAGCUCGCAUGCUCGGGAUGCCGAUCCAACUCUACCGGAUGCAGAGCAACCCACAAACAUGCGAGCUUCUAGACGAGCGAAAUCGGGGGUCAACUACGCAUUACCAAAUCUACGCGAUAAGAUGAGGCGGGACGACAGAGCCGCGGAAGUGGCUAGGGGUGAGGGUAGGAACCAAAAGCGUACCUCUGGAAGAUCCAGGAGUAAGGAGCCCGUGGUAGAGAGUGAACUCAGAAUCAAGAGUGAGGACCCAGAAGAUGCAGAUGAUGAAGAUCAAUGGCUAAAUCUGCCUCCCAUGCCACCGCCGACGCAAACCUCGCGAUCGGAGGAGGAUCUAAGAAAGCACAAGGAAACAGGGAUCGGAGGUUUAUUAGAAAGGAAGCCGGGAAGGGGAGGGGGAGGGAGGGAGAAAGAUUUGGAGUCAGGCCCACUUCCGAGCAUGAUUUCUCAGCGAAAAAGGAGGACUAGUAGUCUGCACUGCCCGCUUGAUGGUAUGAACCCUGGGAAUGAAGAGGGAGGUAGGCCCAGGGCGGUCUCUGGGCAUAGCGAGGGGAAACCAAAAACGGUAAUUACUGAAGGUCCAGACCCUUCUAUUGAUUGCAACCACCGAAUUUUGAUUGACGCCAGCACUGUCCGGAAAAAGGUUCACAGCCAUCUUCCACCUUCAUCCACCAACGCAGAGGAUAACGAAGGUGUUUUCGAAGGUGUUCGUGGGUCCAGACGGGUGACGCUUGGUGGAGGUCCGGUCGGCGGUGAGGGAGCAAAGACAGUUAGAGGUGUGAAAAGUAACGGACAUAUGAUGAGUCAGGAUGGAGGCGAUGAUGAACGAAGGAGGUUAGGCCCACCUGGACCCGGGAUUGGAGCGAGGCGAAGAAGUAUGAUGCUUUAG